AUGGCGCCAAAGUGGGAGGAGACGGCGCCGCUUAUGACCGGAAAUCUCGAUUUUGCCCACGCCCUUCAUUACGAACCUCGAUAUAAAGCCAAGAUCUUCGUCGUGCUUGCGUUACUUCUUGAUUUCUGGCUCCACUGCCACGUUCUCUGCAAAUGCCUCAUUUUUCUUAUUUCAGUAGAUAAUAUGUAUCGCAGAAUGUUUGAAUACAUCGAUUUGGCUAAUGUGAACAACACAGUCCGAAAUAAAGUCGAGCCUGAGAAUCGACGAUCGACGAUUGGCAAUUUGGACGUGAACAAAAUAAAAGUAGCACAACGAAGGGAAGAAUCGUCAAAGUGCAGCGUGGUGGUUCAGCAAUCUAAAGAGCCUAUGAAAAUUGACAAGCAGCGAAACUCGAUUGGAAAAGAGAAUAAUGAACCACAAAUGUGCCACCUGAAACAAAUCGCCGCGGAAACUUCUCGACUCUCUGAGAGACAACGCGAAAUCCUGCGAACAACAUUCAUCAACAUCGAGAAAGAUGCCGUUAAAAAUGGUCUUAAGAUCUUUGUCAAAUUAUUCUCUGAAUAUCCACGUUAUAAGUUAAUCUGGGCGCAAUUUCGCGUUGUUCCCGAAUCGUCGUUAAUGAAUGCUGUCGAGCUACGACGGCACGCAUCAAUUUAUAUCAAAGGGCUUGGAACGAUUAUAGAAAGCAUGAGAGAUGAAGAAGAGUUAACAAAGCAAUUGACAAGAAUAGCAGUGGCGCAUAUCAAGUGGAACGUCCAAAGGAAUCAUGUUAUUCACAUGAUCGAACCAGUUUUGGAUGUUGUCAAAGAAUGCAAUGGAUAUCAAUUAGAUGAGCAUACUAAGGAAGCAUGGAUAACCCUCUAUCAAGUGAUUGCGAAUUUCAUCGAGGUGUUUCGAAACAAGGCAUUAACCAAUUAA